CCUCGGCCGCCGGGGAUGCUCCGCGGCCGCGCCCCGCUUCCAUCGGGGUCCCCAGCCCCGCACCCCGCGCGGGUUCGGUGCCAGUCAGCGGUAACACGGGAGUGAUUCAAGGUGAUUAUUGCUACUGCCAAUGUUUUAGUUCUGCUGUUCCUGGGCACUGGAGCAGCCCUAGUGAUUGGCUGCUGCUCGGACGGCUCUCACCCACCAUGCAGGAGCGAGGGAAAACAGACACUAAAGAUUAAGGGGGUGACAAAGAGGCGGCUGCUUACACAGCACCCGCUCCUAAGCUGCCUUGAAGAGAGCAAGAGCGAGCCGCGCUGCCUGCAGAGCUGCCGGAGCACCCACCCUCGCCAGAGCCCAGGCACCUGCACCUGCAGGGAUUGGUCAGGAACGCCGCGGACGGGAUGGCUGCAUCGCCAGCGGGGUCGGGGGUGAGCACCGGCCUGGAGGAGAGCCCCACGGGGCUGAGCCCAGCCCCUGGCAAGGCGCUGAGCCCCGUGCUGCUGUGCAAGGUGUGUGGUGACACCAGCAGUGGGAAGCACUAUGGCAUCUACGCCUGCAACGGCUGCAGUGGCUUCUUCAAGCGCAGCGUUCGCAGGAAGCUCAUCUACAGGUGCCAGGCGGGGACAGGGCUGUGCCCGGUGGACAAGGCGCACCGCAACCAGUGCCAGGCCUGCCGGCUCAAGAAGUGCCUGCAAGCCGGCAUGAACAAGGACGCUGUGCAGAACGAGCGCCAGCCCCGCAGCACGGCCCAGGUCCGGCUGGACAACAUCGAGCUGGAUGCCGAGCUGCCCCCUGAGCACGUGGCCACCACCCGUGAGGUGCCCCCGACCCCCUGCCCAGCUCCUUGUGGUCCCAGUGCCACUGUCGCUGUCACCCCGGGUCCCCGGGCGACCACACCGCCUACCAACCAUCGCUUCAUGGCCAGCCUAAUGACGGCCGAGACCUGCGCCAAGCUGGAGCCCGAGGACGCUGAUGAGACAGUGGAUGUGACGGGUAGCGAGCCGGAGCGGGCAGCCAGCGAGUACCAGGUAGCACCAUACCCAGCGGCCAGCCCCGAAAACGUCUAUGAGACUUCUGCACGGCUCCUCUUCAUGGCUGUGAAAUGGGCCAAAAACCUGCCUGUCUUCUCCAACUUGCCCUUCCGCGACCAGGUGAUCCUGUUGGAGGAAGCGUGGAGUGAGCUGUUCCUGCUCUGUGCCAUCCAGUGGUCCAUGCCUCUGGAGAGCUGCCCGCUGCUGGCUGUCCCUGAGCCGGCACCUGGGAAGCUGCUGCCAGCUGCCCUGGAUGUCCGGGCGCUGCAGGAGACCCUCGGCCGCUUCAAGGCACUGGCUGUUGACCCCACCGAAUUUGCCUGCAUGAAGGCCGUGGUGCUCUUCAAACCAGAGACCCGUGGCCUGAAGGACCCUGAACAGGUGGAGAACCUGCAGGACCAGUCACAGGUGAUGCUGGGCCAGCACAACCGUUCUCACUACCCUGGGCAACCUGUCAGGUUUGGGAAGCUGCUGCUGCUCCUCCCAGCGCUGCGCUUCAUCUCCUCCGAGCACGUGGAGCUGCUCUUCUUCCGCCGCACUAUUGGCAACACCCCCAUGGAGAAGCUGCUGUGUGACAUGUUCAAGAACUGACCUCCCCCAGCCCGAUGUCACCUUGCAUUGACACCCUGUCACCUCCACCCUGGGUCUCGUCACCCCGGGAUGCUGCAGGGUGUGAAGGUGCCCAUGCUCCCAUCUCCGGGGUGGUGGUCAGGACUAUGGGAUGCUGCCGGCAGCUGGGGUGUGGGGCCAGCUUCACCGGGGACAGCUGGCGGCAGGGGCAUGUCCCCAAGUGGGUGCCAGAAGCACCAGGAGCAUCUCAUUGGGGUGGGUGCCUUGACGGGUGCUGAUGUCCCGAACGCUAGAGAAACCCACAGACCCAGGCAAGAUGCCCUUGCUGAGGCAACAGCACCCAUGGGGACCCACUACCACCCAGGGGUGACACCAGCGGGGGGGGGCAUGACACCAGCCCAGGAGUGACACUGACCAAGGAUGAUGACACCCUGGGGGUGACACUAGCCCAGGGCAUGACACAAGUCCAAGGGUGACACUGGCUGGGGAUAAUGCAAGCCCAGAGGUGACACUGGCCACAGGGAUGAUGGCCAUCCUGGGGUUGGUACUAGCCCAGGGGUGACAUUGAGCAGACGUGACACUGUCCAGGGGUAACGCCAACCCAGGGGUGACACUGACCAGGGGUGACAGUGGCCAGCGGUGACACCAGCCCAGGGGUGACAUUGGCUUGGGGUGACGCCAGCCCAGGGGUGAUGCCAGCCCUUGGGGUGACACUGGUCACACAAUCACUGCCCCUCACCCACAGGGUGCGACUUCAGCUCUGUGAUCCCACAGGACCCGCAGUGACUGAGCCUUGUCCUGGGGGGCUCCUGCUCUGCCCCCCAGUUUUAUACCUGGAAUAAA